AUGGUUUGCAAAGUUCAGGAUAUGAUUCUGUUGACGGGUUCUUCUGAUUUCACGACGAAGGUUUGGAACUUGAAACAGAACGUUUGCACACAUACGCUUAAAGGUCCGUCUGUUGUUUCUGUGAUAGAAUUUCUGGACGAGGAUUCUGUUUUGGUUGGGUAUGGAGAAGGACAAGUUCGAUUGUUUAACGUUGGUCAGAAGGGUGGAAAACAUGUUAAAGAGUUUAAGAAUCAUUCAAGGUAAGAUUUUUUAGGCAUUAAAAAUUGUAUCUGUAAUAACAUUACGUUAAAUUUUCUUUAUUUAGUUAUCAUUUUGCUGGACACCUUUUAGUAUACUUUUUUUAGCCGAAUCACGUCGAUAAUCAAGAAGAAGUUUGACGGACAAGAUUUGGCGUUAAUUUUGAGUAGAGACCAGACUAUGACUAAAAUCGACUUGUCAACAUUCAAAGCUUCGAAUUCCUUGCCGUUAUUUGAGCCAAUUGAAGAUGCGGUUUAUGUAAAGAAGCUUGAUACUUUAUUUACUGUUGGAUCGGAAGGUAUUUUAAAGUUUUGGCAUCCAACAAAAGCAACACUGCAAGCUCAAUAUAGGAUUACAACGUAGGUUUUUAUUCUAUUUUACGUUUUUAGGGAUACUUGAAUUGUGUUUCAAUUGACUUUGUUAAUUGUAGUAUAAAAGUUAAAGUAGUCUGUUUUAGAAAAGCGCUGGAAUCAAUCACGUAUGUGAAGAAGACAAAUCAGAUUUUAAUGGCUUCUGAAGACCAAAAUUUAUUGUUUUUUGAUUUGGAAACAAAGAAAUUAGUGAAAACUUUGUCAGGCUAUAACGAUGAAAUUCUGGAUGUUAAAUACGUUUCAAAGGAUACAAACGUUGUUGCUGUAGCUACAAACUCACCACAAUUACGGUUAUAUGAUUUGAAUGAUUUCAAUUGCACUUUAGUUGAAGGUAUGCGAUAUACAAUGAUUUUUAACUUGAAAUAUAAUAUUAAUAUAUGGCGUAGUAAUAAUAAUAAUAUGAAGUUCAUAACUUAAAAUUUUUAUUUAUAGGUCACUCGGAUACGAUAAUGUCUGUUGACGCACCGUCUUGGGAUUCAAAUAUGGUAGCUUCGGCUUCAAAAGACAACACGUUAAUUAUUUGGACUGUACGAUCGAAAUCAGAGGCUUUGGAACAGAAAAAACCGCGUGCCGAAAAGAUUGCUACAGCCACGGGACAUACGAACAGUGUAACUGGUGUAAAGUUUAGUUCUCAACGGAAUGCCGCAUUUUGUGUAACGAUCUCAAAUGACUCUACGUUGAAGUUAUGGUCGCUGAAGCCGAUUUUCAAGAAGAAAAAGGAACUGUAAGUUGAUUUUUGUUUUAUUUUACGGCAGUAAUUCUAAAACAUUGGACGUCUAUUAUGCCACAAUAAUUUUAGAGUUACCAAGUUAACAGCCGAUUCGACAAUUGUGGCGCAUCAAUCAGAUGUCACGGCCGUUGAUGUUAGUCAAAAUGACUUACUAUGCGCUACAAGUUCAAUAGACAAAACGGUAAAGUUAUGGCACAUUGAUAAAGAUACGAUGCAACUUGGAUCAGCUGGAACACUUUCUGGUCAUCGACGAGGUGUUUGGGAUGUGAAGUUUGCCAAGACGACCCAGGUACGCUAAAACAACUCUUCAGAAUUAUUGAUGAAAAAUUUUGGUAUUUUUUACUAAUAAAAACGUAUUUUAGAGCGUAAUAACCGGUAGUGGUGACUGUACGAUCAAACUAUAUUCAUUACUGGACUUAUCAUGCCAAAAAACCUACGAAGGACACUCGUUUGCUGUUCUCACGAUAGACUUCAUCAAAAACGAACAACAAAUUUUGAGUUGUGAUUCGAACGGAUUAUUAAAAGUUUGGGACACUAAGACUGGAGUUUGUGAGAAAACGGAUGAAAUUCAUUCAGAUAAAAUUUGGGCUAUUGAAUCCAUUCCACCAGCUUCAGAAGCCUUGGACGCGUUGGAUGAAAGAAGACGAGAAGAUUUGGAGAAAGGAGGCGAUGGUAAUGUAGAGUUGAAGUAAGUUUACCGCUAAAAAAUCUUAUGGUAAUUUAAUUUUUUUUUUGUUUUUUUAAUAUUAUUUUAAAACUUCAGGCCAGAAGAAUACGAACGGUAUGUAUCGGUGGGGUCAGAUGGCAAAAUCAUCGUAUGGGCCGACGUGACAGAUGAAAUAGCGGCCGAAAACGCGAGAAAAGAAGCCGAACGACUGGCCCAAAUUCAAACGUUGGAGAAUUUCAUGCGGUUGGAAAAGUAUUGUGAAGCUUUGAAACUUACCUUGGAAUUGGAUCAUCCUUUCCAAUGUUACAAAGUGUUGAACAAGAUUUUCACAACAAAAGGCAAGGACAAGUUACAACCUUUGAUUGGAGAGCUGAACAGUAACAAUAAGGCCAAAUUGCUAGAAUUCUCUACACAGUGGAAUACAAACACCAGGACGUAUCAGGUAAAGCAGCUUUUUUUAAUUUGAAAGUUAAUUUAUAACAUAAACUUGUAUAUAUAAUGAUGUAUUUACAUAGUCGUUGCCAAAUAUUAUUGUUCCUUAUGUUAUGUUUCACAAAAAGUUUUAAUACACCACUUUAGACAGCCCAAAUAACGCUGAAUGCGAUUUUCCGCACCGUACCCAGAAAACAAUUGGAAGCUCUGCCCAACUUUGCUGCACAAUUGGAAGCCCUUCUACCGUACACUCGGCGACAUUUUGAGCGAUUACAGAAUAUGAAGGAGAAUGUAACAUUUGUUAACUACAUCACAUCAAGAAUGAGCGCGUUAUAA